UAUCUCGAUCCCUUCUAUCUUUUUACAAGCGUUGAUCCACAUGUUUUGGGACACCCUGUACAUAUAAUAUAUAUGAGUUGGUAAUGAAUCCUUCCCUCCCAAUCCCUCUUUCGAGGAGAAAGAACUCAGCGCUUCUUGCCGGUGGGAAAGGUGGCGAGAGCGCGAAAAAAAGUUCAUUCAACAGACUAGCGGCAGUCGUCCGUCCGAUUGGCGGUUGAUGUUCGCAAACGCGCGUGACGACAGUGCGAAGCGGAGUGGCGCGGCAGCCACGGUCGAUGGGACGCAUAUCGGAAGGUGGUAAACGAAGGUGUACUGUAGGUUGCGCAUGGUCCGUAGGUAGAUUUUUGCCUGUUUCGGUGGAUCUCAUGCCCGGAGUGGCCUAGCUCGAAUUACGCGACUGUGUACUCCGGACGAAAAUGGCCGCUUGACGACCGGUGUCAAAGACCGAGGAUCAUCGUACGCGCAUCGAUUGCGUGCGAUCGACUUCGGGGGGAAGGGAAAAGGGACAUCGUUCAAGGUGCUACGUAUCUUUGGGGUGAGUGCUCGUUGAAUGUCAAAGUGGACAUUGACACAUGUGUGACGUCAACAUGUUCGGAAACGUGUGCAGGAAUCGGCUUCGUAAAUAUUCUACUUUUGUGAAUUCGUAUUCGUGCUGACAGCUCUCUAAACGUCAUGCUUGAGAAACAUGAUGCACUUUGAUGUUCCUUGUUUAUGUAGUGUAAAUUACUACAAAAAUCUUCGAGGAACUGAGGAAAAUGGCCUAACUUGAGAUGUUUUCCUUUUAUUGAAUAAACCUGUGCUCUACAUAGGAAUUCGAGGAAGUAACAAUAAAAAGUAGUGGGUUAAUAUCCAUAUUUCAGUAAAAAUUAAAAUACUACAAAAACCUUCGAAAAACUAAGGAAGAUUUAAGAAGACUUGUGCUCUACAUAUAGAAAUUAAAAAAAUUGGUAACAAGAAUUUUGGAGAUAAUGUAUUGAAAUAAAAACAUUUGCUUAAUCUUGUGUCGUUCUAUAAUACGUACGUAUCGUCCUCAAAGAAUAUCAAUUUGCUCAGAAAUUUUUCACUCAACAGCAAUUAAUAAUCAUACAUUACAGCGUCCUUGUUCCUGCAUUAUCUCAAACUACAGAAUUGGAAUUUGUGUUCAAGGAUUUGAAAAAAAUUUAUAAAGCUUUGGUUUGGAAUUCCUGUUUAUUUUUUUCUAUCGAGGACCAGUCUUACAUUCAUCGGGCCGGUAUAUAAAGUCUAUUCGUUUUAGAAAGAGAAUGUUUUAACGCGCCGACGAACGUAACGGAGAAUCCUGGUCUCAAAGAUCCGUUACCUCCGUGAAGGAGGUAAUGAGCGAGGCGCGUGUAGAAAAAGUGCCGCGAGAUCCUGUUGAUUUUCAUGAUUUUAUUUGGUGCAAUUACGAAGGGGCGCAGUCAGUUACGCAAAUAAAGAGGCGAACUAUUAUGAAACUCAUUAUUGUUCGUUGAAUUAUUUUAAACUGCUAACAUAAAUGUUUGUGAUUGUAUCAAAUUAAUGCAAAGCGAAGGAGUUCAGUUUCACAUGAGAAAAUCUGUGUGUAAGGAUUUGCAAUUGUGAAUAUAUUUUUUUUCCAAGAUGUAUAUCUUUAAAGCAUUUUCUCCAAAGUAAAAUUCCUUAAAAUUAACUCGGUGUGAAAUGAGGAAGUGCUUACAUAGAGAAAAUUCCAUAUGUGCAAAAGAAGGGAUAGAAAAGGAAGAUAUCCUUUAACGAAUUGAAGAAAAGUCAUAUGAAAAAUUUCAGUAACAUUAAUUGAAGUUUUAUAUAUCUUUGUACGAAUAACAGUAAUUUCUUUGAUACCGCACAAAGUUGUUCAAUAAAGAAAAUAUCAAAGACUUGAGAAUUGAAUACAGAAAUGAGAAUAAAUUCAAAGUGUUUUAAUUCUUUAAAUGGAAAAAUAAUCAAUAACAUCAACGAGUAUAUAAUUUAAUGAAUUACAAGUGUGCAUUUCAAUGUUUUUACGUAAUCACAAAUUAGCUGACAGUGAUUGGAAGCGGGGCCUCUAGUGCCAAUCGAAGUGAAUCAGCACAUGGUAGAAUCAUCAAGUGGGAGCAUAUUAUCACCGAGAGCAUAGCAUUUCCUUGAGACCGCACCUUUCGCCUAGAAGACUAUAGAUGGAACGCAGAACCGAUAGAUAUGGCGUCAGAGAGAUGCGCCAUUCGCGAAGCGAGGAUCUAUUGGGCGCGAUUUCCAGAUCUCCCAGUCCGCGUGUCGAUUUGCCAAUCACGGCGUCCGAGGACGAUCUAAUCGCGGCCAGUGCCCUUCACGAUUCAGGUAUCUACGACGAGGUUAUUGGAAGCGCUGGUAUCGCAGGGCCGUCGCGACGCAUUCUCUCGUCGUCGUCCAGAACGGUGGGAGUUCCCGUUGAUCCGGAGGACUCUAUCCGUGACAUCGUCACUGAGAAUGAUUUAUAUAGGUAUGUCUUGUUCAAGCGGCACUAUGAUAAAUACGUGGAUCUCGCGGAAAAAUACAAGGAAGCUAAAAGUGUUGCUUAUUACUUGGAGGAGCGUUAUCAUGAGAUCAAGGCCGAGCGAGAUAGAUUAGAGGAAGCUCGAAGGCAUCUGGAAAGACGACUGGAAGGUUGCGAAACCGAGCUUCGUGGUAAGGAGGAUGAGCUCUUCCUGCAGCUGGAAAGGAGUUUGCGGCUGGAAGAAGAAAUUGAACGGGCUAAAGCCGAGAGAGAUAGCUAUAUGGAGGCGCAAAAUCGAUUAGAACAACAACGGGAAUCGGCAUUUCGUCGUUUGCGGAUGCAGCUUGAACAGAACGAAGUUACAAGGCGGGAUCUCGAGAGAGCGCGUCAAGAUGUUAUUCGACAAGCCACUAUUAUCCGUAUUGAAAGAGAUACUCUGGAAAGAGAAAAUGAGAUGCUGCGACAGAGAUUGAGGGUGGAACAGGACGAAUUGGGAGCGGAGCGACGUCGUCGGGAGGAAGGCGUCGCGGCAUUAACAAGAGAGACCAUCGCGUUGAAACACGCGACGCGUCAUUUGAGCGCUGCGACGUUUCAUGCAACGUCCUGCCGAAAUCGUCGUCGAUGCUCCAUCUGCAUAUACGCUAGACGAACCUUUGCCAACAUCGACAAUUAUCGUGACAAUGGAAAUCUCCUGCAGUGCCUUCAAACGCCCUUACAAGAUCUUCGCAACUGGUUACGACCUAGCAUUUCGUCGGCCUGCUCGUCUCGAAUCCCGCGGCUCGAGUCAUCUGUUGCCGAUCGGGAAAUUUCUUAUAUCGAUGACUCUAGUGCUGACAGUAGCAGCAACGGCAGUACUAAUAGCCGGAGCUGCAGCAGCAGUACCAGCAGCAGUAACAGCGCUUACGAUGACGACGUGUAUCCGAGUACUCCGAUAGCAGAACCUUCGCUUUCUUCGGGCACUUCCAGCGUUCCGCAUGCAGCUAGAGCCUUUUCUUCGGAUUCAGGGUUUUCUUCCGAGAUGGGAGAUCGUAGAUCACGAUGUUUCGACAACGUUGGCAGCAGUACUAGUAGCAGCAGUAGCAAGAGUAGAAAUAUUAGUGAGUCGUUAGACAGCAGCGAAAUUGACGGUAAAGGUGCGAGUGGAAGAGAAAACGGAUUUAACCGUUCGAGAUGGACCUCCUCCUUCCGUAGACUACUUGGACGAAAGUCGAAGAGCAAACUCGAUCAUUCCUCAGGAACAAGCAAGACUGACGAACAACAAUGAAUUUGUAUCGACACAAGACUCGACGUUAUACAUAUAAUACGUUAUCCCGUCCUUCUUCCAAACUCUUGCGAUCUCUGCGAAAAAAUUAUGUUCUUAGUUGAGAUGAAGCGCGAUCUUUGUGAAAUGCUUAAAUUCUUUUUGUUGAAAAAUCUAAAAACUGCCGAAAACUGCACAUUAACUUCAAAAAUAGAUGCAAAUAUAUAUAUAUGUGUGUGUGUGUGUGUGUGUGUGUGUGUGUGUGUGUGUGUGUGUGUGUGUGUGUGUGUGUGUGUGUGUGUGUGUGUGUGUGUGUGUGUGUGUGUGUGUGUGUGUGUGUGUGUGUGUGUGUGUGUGUGUGUACAUAUAUAUGUAUGUAUACAUAUGGAUUUAAGAAUUUUGAAAUUUUUAGAGAUUAAAUUGUAAAUAAUACAUGUUUUCUGGAAUCACUUUUCGUUUUCAGAAAUAAUCAUGAAGAAAUAGUGAUUUAUUUUUCAAGAUUACACGAAUAUAUCAUACUGAGAAUAAUUCAAAAAACAAUGCAAAUAUUUUGUAGAAUAUUAGAAAUAAUAUAUAAUUUCUAGUUUUCUAUUUUCUUUUCUUCGUCUCGUAAUAUACGUUAUGAAUCUUUUAAUAAAAAUUAUAUCGUACUCCGAAAUCUAAAUGUUCUAAGUGUAGAUUUUGACAUCUUAUCUGACGAGGAAUUGAAUAUUGAAUAAGAGUGUUAAAAAAGAGAGAUUUAUAUAUAUAUAUGAGAAAAAAUAUAUAUAUACACUUGUCAACAAAGUUAUCACAUAUGUAAAUUUAUAUUAAAUUUCGCAUAACUUUAAAUAAAUAUACUCCACGGAAAAUCAUUGUAUCUGAAAGUUUUUUGCAUAAGUCUGUAUUUUAAGGAACAUAUAUUAUAAUUUAAAUUUUUUAUCUUGCCCUUUUUCUACUUUUUUUCAAAAGCAAGGAUGUGUUAUAUCUCCUAAAAGAUUGCAUAAUUGAACAAAAACAUAAGUAAUUUUGACACGCUUUAAUUCCGCCAAAAAAAUCGUAAAAACCUUUCUUUUUUAAUUUAUGGGGAAACGUACAAGUUUUACGAUGUUCACGAUAUUACAUUUGCUGAAAAAGAUUAUUCCCAUAGUGUGUCAAGUUAUGCAAUUUUUAGAAGAUGUAACACAUUCUUACUUCUGGAAAAGCAUAGAAAAGAAUAAAUAAAUUCUAAUUAUAAUAUAACGAUGCUCCUUAAGGAAGUUCCGCUGCUAAAUCAAAAUGAACAGAUUUUCAUGAAACUUUGUAAAGAAGUUCCAAUUAGUGGUAUAAAUUGGACUGUCAAAAUUUCAGAAAGCUGAACUAGUUAGUUAUUUAGAUAUUAAAUAUUUUAUUUACAUAGGCUCUUAAUCGAUGAAUUUUCAUGACUUUUCCAUUUUAUAUUAAACGUAGAAUGAUGUUAGUAAAAUUUUACAACGAUACAUCUUAGCUAUCCAAAAAAUACUGUUCAAUUUUUGAAACGAUGCACUUGCUCGUUUGAGUAAAAUAAUUGAUGGGAUAAAAAAAGUUUACAAUAAUUGAAGCAGCACAUAAGUGUGGUAAAUGUGUGCUAGUGAUAUAACAUAAACUUCAAAUUGUUGUAUUUAGUUAUCUAAGGGUUAUAAUAGUGAAGAAUGUGGUAUAAUAGUAAAGAAUGUUUAGUCUCAAUUAAAAAAAAAGAAAUUAUUUUAGUAACGAAAGUAGCACUUUAUAGCCAAAUUUUUUCUCAUAUUUAUUAUUAUUAACUUUAGAUCAUAUACAGUAAAAAGUUAUUUGAGACAAAAAAGACAAUAGUUAUUUGAAUAUUUUUUUUAUUUGAGCCCUUGUGCCACUUUUUGUGCGGGUCUGAGAAGAGGAACUCACUUAAGUUUAUUUUUGUAAAUGUAAAACAAAUUUUCAAAUACGACAAUUUUUGACAAAGUUAUGCUUAUUUGAAGUUACUCAAAUUUGAUAUAAAUUUACUUAUGCAAUAAUUUUGUUGACAGUGUGUAUAUAAAAAAAAUUAAAUUAGUGAAAGCUAUCGCAAUACAAGUUUGUAUUUAUUAAAAAAAAAUAUAUAGAGAUAAGAUUAAAGACUUCGAAUUUUAAAGUGUAAGGCUUUCGUGCUUAUAAAACAAAAAAUUCAGUUCGAAUCGAACUAUAAUAAUAGGUAAAACGUUAUUGUUUGCGUUCUGAAAAAGUUUCUUGCUUUGUUAAGUUUUGUUGUUAUUUCGGUAAUUGUUGUUGUAUUUGCCAAAGAGUACAGUGACUUAAGCUUAAAACCUUCAUUGAUUAAUUAUCAUUUAAUUACAGAUUUUAAAUUCAUAACAAUUCUAAUAUAUCAUGUAUAUUUCCAGUGAGAAAUAGUACAUCAAAUCGACAUCGAUUCAACAUCGAAAUCAUCAUUUCAAUGUCGAUUCGACAUCGAAUUGAUGUCGAAUUCAUUAUCGUUUCUCGCUGAGUUGUUUGCGUCAAAAGAGCCAGUUUAAACCUCGUUGAAAAGAUGAGAUGGAAAUCCAGAUGGAUAUCCACAUGUAUGUGGAUUCUCAUGGAUUUUAGAUGAUUUUGUAUGGAUUCCAUAUGGUUAUCCAUACAAUUUUUGGCAAAGUUAUGCUUAUUUGAAGUUAUUCAAAUUUUGAUAUAAAUUUACUUAUGCAAUAAUUUUGUUGACAAGUGUAUAUAAAAAAAAAAUUAGUAAAUUAGUAAAAGCUAUUGCAAUCCAAGUUUGUAUUUUUUAAAAAUAUAGAGAAAUAAGAUUAAAGACUUCGAAUUUUUAAGUGUAAGGCUUUCGUGCUUUCUCAUGAAUUUUAGAUGGUUUUGUAUGGAUUCCAUAUGGUUAUCCAUAUGGAAUCUAUACAAAAUCAUCUGAAAUCUAUAGGAAUCCACAUACAUGUGGAUAAUCAUUUGGAUUUCCAUCUCAUCUUUUCAACGAGGAAUGCAUGUAUAGUGAAAAUUGUUGGACCAAAUUACUGACAUGUCACAGUCUUGUUAUAAGAAUGUUGUGAAAUAUACAAGGUUCAAAUAUAAAUAUUAUGCAAAUAAAAAUAUGUAUACGAUAAAAA